GCAACGGGCCGCGCAUGCGCGGAGCUGGGCGAGCAUGCGCAGUCCAAACGCAGGGGACAUUCCCAGCGCGAACAUGUCACAUGAUAGGGGUACGAGUUUCCCCAGCAGUGCAGAGACUCAUCUCCGACAAAUACGUCCAGAGGGGCCCAAAAACAAAAAGAAAACCUUCUCCCCAAGUCGUGUAGUAAUAUGCAAAAUAAACUCCCAGUUGCGAGCUGUGACUGAGAGAGCCUUUAAUCCCAAGGGGGCAAUUUGUUCAGCAUCAGUUGGGCGUCUGCUGGCCACCCGUUUUACACCUCUCAGAUUUUUUAAAAGGAGGGUUACUUACAGUAAUUAAACAUAAACUUUGUUAAAUUUAGCAGUAUUGUAAAACAUCACCACUCGUUUCAAAUUGCGCACCAUACAUGCUAAGUAGCAAGAGAAGUCUGAAAUCGCAAGAUGCCCCCAGUACAAUCUGAGGUUUGCACCAAUGUCACUAGCCCGAGGUGGGGGGGAUCAGACAAGACAGCAUCAGCCGCUCCCGUUCGCAUCGAUCGCCGAGUGAAUCGCUGCAAGAGACAAUCGACCGGCACUGUUGUGCUGUCAGUGCAGCUGCUGAGCGUGUGUGCGCGUCUGCAGAGACGGGGAAGGAGUGGGACAGAUAGCAAACGGGUCACUGGCGUUGAGCAGGACGGCGAAGGAGAAAGGAGAAGAAUGAACCGCUUCAAAAUCUCCAAAUUCAAGAACACCACCCCAAAAAUCCCCAAGAAAGACGGGUGGAUCAGUGAUGUCAGGGCGGGGUCUUUCACUUCCUGUGGGAACCAGAUCAAAUCCAGCUGUAGGUUUGUGGCCUUCAGCGCAGAGCAGACCGGGGGUGGGAUUCUGGGCCUGGUGUCCCUGGACCCUGGACCUGACGAGAGGUGGACAGUAUCGCAGAUUCCCUGUCACGCGGACCUGAUAACAGACUUUGAUUUCUCCCCGUUUGACGACAGUCUUUUGGCUACCUGCUCUGCUGACGAGACUGUGAAGGUGUGGAGGCACAGGGGAGGCUGCAGGACUUCAGCGGUCCCUCCUCUCCACGUUCCGUGCGGGAUCACGCUCGCUGACAUCCGCCCACGUCCCACCCAGCUGCACCGCCGGCCUGGCAUUCCAGAAAAACAGCCGGAAAAGAGCGCAGCAGGCCAUCCAAAUAAUAAAGAUUCACGGGUCAUCUGGAUCAAGGACUCUGACAAUAUCCUGACAACGGGAUUCAAUCAGAUGCGCGAGAGGGAAGUGAAAGUGUGGGAUGCCAGAAAGCUGGGAUCCUCGCUGGGCUCUGUGUCUCUGGGCACCUCCGCAGGGACUCUCAUUCCACUCCUCGACCCAGACUCUGGCCUGCUGGUGUUGUCAGCAAAGGGUGACAGUGUUAUCCACUGCUUCGAGGUGACCACUGCCCAGCCCUUCCUCGCUCAAGUGAGCCAGUGCCUGACUGAAGCCCCCACAAAGGGAAUCGCCAUGGUACCCAAGCUGGCUCUUGAUGUCAUUUCCUGUGAGGUGCUGCGAGUCUUACAGCUGACUGACAGCUUCAUCGUGCCUGUGAGCUACCAUGUCCCCCGCAAGUCUGGACAGGACUUCCAUGAAGAUCUGUACCCCGACACUCUGGGACAGACCCCUGCCAUGACAGCGCAGGGGUGGUGGACUGGAGAGAACAAACAGGUGGCGAAGGUGAGCCUCCACCCGGCCAAGCGCCCGCUCAAGAGAAGCGCGAUUCCCAGCUCAGAGGGCACUGCCAGGUCAGGGCCCGCCAGUCAGCCCGCGAAGAAGGACCUGCCCAUAGCAAAGAGCCAAGAGGAGGAUGCGGCUGGCCUCUCUUCGUCUAGCAGCUCCCUGACCAGUCCCAGCAGCCCCGGCAGCGUGGGCCAGUCUCCCUCGACCACCAGCCUGUCCAGUGGCUUCGUCAACAGCCCCAGCCAGCGCUCACUGCAGAGCAUUCUGGGCCCCAGCUCCAAGUUCCGGCACGCCCAGGGCACCGUGCUGCACCGCGACACCCACGUCACCAACCUCAAGGGCCUGAGCCUCACCACGCCGGGGGAGUGCGACGGCUUCUGCGCCAACCGGGAGCGCGUGGCGGUGCCGCUGGCCAUCGCCGGGGGGCAGAUCGCUGUGUUCGAGCUGUCGCAGCCCGGACGCCUGCCCGACACCUCCUUUCCCACCAUCCAGAACACCUCAGCGGUGGCCGACCUCUGCUGGGACCCCUUCAACGCCUGCAGGCUGGCCGUGGCGGGUGAAGACGCCAAGAUCAGGGUGUGGCUGGUGCCCAAGGGAGGUCUGACGGAGACCCUGACAGAGCCGGAGCGUAUUCUCCAGGGUCACACAGAGAAGAUCUACUCGCUGAAGUUCCACCCCCUGGCCUCUGGGAUCCUGGCCUCUUCCUCCUACGACUUGACUGUGCGCCUGUGGAAUCUGGACUCUGGCAAGGAGGUCAAGCUGCUGAGGGGACAUCAGGACCAGAUUUUCAGCCUGGCCUGGAGUCCGGAUGGUAAGUUCCUGGCCACCGUGUGCAAAGAUGGCAAAAUGCGCAUUUAUGACCCCCGCAAGUCCACAGAGCCCACUCAGGAGGGUCCCGGCCCUGAAGGGGCCCGUGGUGCCCGAGUGGUGUGGGCCUGCGCUGGCCAGUACCUGCUGGUGUCUGGAUUUGACAGCCGAAGCGAACGCCAGAUCUACCUCUACGCGGUGGAGUCCCUGGCCUCAGGACCGGUGGCUUCCGUGGGCACCGACGUGUCCCCCUCCACCCUCAUCCCCUUCUAUGACGAAGACACCAGCACGGUCAUCCUCACCGGCAAGGGCGACACCCGUGUGUACAUCUAUGAGAUCCUGCAGGAGUCCCCCUAUUUCCUAGAGUGUAGCCAUUUUAACUCUUCCGAGCCACAUAAGGGCCUCGUCUUCCUGCCGAAGACGGAGUGUAACGUGCCUGACGUAGAGUUCGCUCGGGCGCUGCGGCUCAGCAAGACCUCUAUCGAACCCGUGGCGUUCCGUGUGCCCCGCGUCAAGAAAGAGUUCUUCCAGGAUGACCUCUUUCCUGAUACCGCGGUGUGGUGGGAGUCGGCUCUGGCGGCCUCUGCCUGGCUUUCGGGAGCUAACGGGCAGCACCGCAGAAUCAGCCUGCGGCCCAAGGACAUGACUCCUGUGAGCGAGGCCCCCAAGGAGGCACCAGUGCGGAAGUACCUGCCCUCGUCAGUGUACCUCGAGGAGAAGACUGACGAACAGAAGAAGGAGGAGCUGCUCAGCGCCAUGGUGGCCAAACUGGGGAACCGGGAGGACCCUCUGCCCCAGGACUCCUACCAGGGCGUGGAAGAGGAUGAGUGGGAUGACUAAAGGGACCAGAUCCUUGGGACCAGUCAGGGUGCCUGUAGCGAUAAAAAGCUGCCUGGGAAUCGUCGUGCCGUUUCUGAACACAUCUCCCUGCCUCUGAACCCCACCCGGCCUGCCAUUCCGGACUCUACCCCUCCCACAAGUCCCCCUCCACCCUGCCUCUAACAGUCACUGGCUGCCUGUCUUUAGAGCUGGGGUCCCCUCUGUAUCCCCAAAGUUACUGUAAGACCCUGCCUGCUUGUCUUUAGAGUUGGGGUCCCCUCUGUAUCCCUAUGGUUACUGUGAGAUCCUGCCUGCCUGUCUUCAGAGCUGGGGUCCUCUCUAUAUCCCCACAGUUACCGUAAGACCCUGCCUGCCUGUCUUCAGAGCUUUAAGACCUGCUGUACGACUUGAAAGGCAUCAGCACCCAGUCAAUCACACACAGAGAGCCCAGUCUAGUCAGCCUGUACCCAGAUAGCAGCAGAUGCAGGUGCUACAUGGCUUGUCACAUACUAAUCCCACAACUCUUCGGUUCCAAAGGAAAGUAUUUUAUUGAACUUCUCCAAAGCAGUGAAGUGAUCUGAGGGCGUCAAGCGAUUCCUUACAGACCAUUUACUGCUGACCACCUGGCCGUCUUUAACAACAGGCGUUUUGAAAGGAAAUGCUUUUCUCUUGGCACAAAUCACUCCUUGAAACUCAACAAAAGAGAGAAUUUGUCCUUGGGAAUCUCAUGAUCCUGAUCCUCAAACACUCAAUUGCGCAAUGCACUGUGCAACUAAAGAAGCUGAGAGGCAGAGUGCUUCGCUCUGCGUUUUCUGCAUCGACAUCUCAAGCUGCACGGUACUGUUUUAUAAAGAGGCUUUCCAGUACAAUCCAGUAUUAUUGCUUUUGUCUUUAUUUGCAAUCUGGAUGCCGCCUGGCGCGUGCCGAUACUCAGUGUCUGGAGUUGGUACGUUUUGUGAUGUAGGUGAGCUCAGAUUGGGUGGCAGUUCAACCUCUUCCUUGCUCAAAUACACCGCACUCCUACUGGACACAGUAUUGCUUUAAAUGGAGAAGCCAGGUGUUGAUGGCUGUGGCGUAAACAUUUGAUGCAACACACACAUUUAGGGAACACACACCUCUUACUGAGGCUAUGCCAGGAACGACUGCUGUCCCCGCCAUGCCCUGUCCAGUUCAUCUCAUCUCACUGGGCCCUGGGGACAAACCAACCCACUUCUUUCUCAGGCUGGGCAGUUUUUAUACUCGGAAUCAACAAGAUGCAUCUCUUUUCCUUCUCUCUUUCUGUUCUUUUAUGUCUUUUAUGUAGUGUUGUAGACAAAUAAAACAGAAACUGUAAAA